AAGACCAUCCCAUAACUCACAAUCAUUCGUAAUUGGUACUUAACAUGUACGUGCAUUUCUGCCAGGCUCUGCACACAUUGAAAUCUACGUCUAUUUUAUUUUUAGCUUCGUCAACCAGUUUUUCAUAUCAGAUAGAACACCAUUUUGAAGAUUUUCCUGAUAUCCUCCAUGAGGGAAUUGACAGCACAAUGGAUGAAACCUUCUCAGAAGUUGAUCUGGCGGCCAUUGCGACAGAAUAUGAGGAUAUUUUAAGCCGUUGUUCAAGUUUUGCGAAGGAAAACCUUGAGAGAAGCAUUUUAGAAUGGUUGGUUUGUUUGAGGCAGUUUCUAAGAAAGCAUAGAAAAGAUAUUGCUGACUACCUUCCUCUCGAUGUUCAAACACGUAAAUCAAUCCAACCGAACUCUGAUUUUUCAGCCAAUCGACUUGUGGAAUUAAAGUAUCAGCAGGGGUUAGGUAAUGGCUCCCUAUCUGACUUGCUUUUGACUAUCACUGAUGAUAAUGGUAUAUGUCUAGAUGUAGCAGUGUAUCAGACUGCUGGCUAUCUUUGCUUUCUGAAGCAGUUCAAGUAUGCGAUAGUUACCGAUUCUAAAGAGUUUGUGAUCUUAGAACAUAAGGAUUCUGUGACUGUUGUACAGAGGGCAAAGGUGAAUGACAUCAGAAUGUUGAUGAGAUAUUAUAGCAGCCUCUUUAUGCUAAACAAAUCCUCAUCAAAAUAGUUCAGUCAAAUAAUACAAAAAUAUGAAAUUGGUAUUUGAUAGGUAGUAACCAUUGUACUGGCUUAUAUGUAAUAAAACAAUAUGUUUUUUUUUAUUAUUUAUAAUGCAGGAUUAUUAGAAUACUUAAUACCACAAUGUAUAACAUGGUAAAUUUUAUUAUUUCAUAUAUUUCUCUGACAUGUUUUACUUAAAGAUGUAAUGUCUGUCUGAAUGUUAGUGAUGAGUAAAUAAUUUGUCCAUAAAUUUGAAUUACAUAAUUUUUUAAUUCAUUUAUGUUACGUAAUUUAUGUUGUGUUACGUUAACUUGCAAAGAAAAAAAAAAUACAAUACAUACCUUUUCUGUAUAAUUUUUGCAUAGGCCCUUUAUAUUUGCUGGUAAUAAAUUUAAAGGUUCCGAAGGAGAAAAAAAUUGAUAUGUUGAUUUUCAUUUUUUUAAAAGUUGGAAAAAGAGUGGUUUUCCACUUUCCCUCCUGUUGUUAAAUAUUCAAAAAUCUCAUUAGCUAUUUCCGAUUUUUUCCCUCCAGAGCCUGGCAUUAAGGUUGUCUAGUAAAUUAUGUAAACGAGCGAGAACUUUUUUUCUUAAAUGUUUCUAGUCGGGUCUUAUUUUAUCCUUUUAAAUAUUAGCUAUUCCAUAUUUUAAUUAAAUUGUUGAGGUUUUUUUUCAUUUCUUUGUGUCUUAAAGUCAAACCAAAUACAUCUAUGCAUGAUAAAUGGUGUGUUUAAUAUAAAUGUUAAUUUUAUAUAGGUAUCUAAAAUUAUUUAUAGAACAUUCAAUCAAUGAAUUUGUUGUCUAUGCAUAAUGCACAUAUGCAAUUGAAUUUCGUUUCUGAAACACAGCAUUUUUUCAUAUUCUUCACUAUUCCUAAAUUGUCCCAAACUUGAACUUUUUAAAGUUCCUUUCCAUUAUAGAGACACAUCUGAACUGAGAAAGAUAGGUAAAGACAGAAGUUCAGGAAUAGGAAUAAUUAUGUGUACUGGAGUGGGAAUACUAGUUUAUGUAUGUCUUAUUGACGGUUUUUAGUUGUAUUCAAUUUUAAAUUGUUAGAAUAAGUGUAUAAUUUAGCAAAGUCUGUACAACACAGUGAGAUGCCAUGACAUUGUUUAUGCCUUAUAAAAACUGUAUUUCUUCUCCAGGGGAUGUAUGUUUUCAGUCGUACAAGUGUGUGUGUGUUCCUCGUGUUUUGGUGUUUUCAUUAGGUUUUUUUGUGUGUAAAAUAUCUGGAAAACGGCAGCACAGACAUAAUUGAAAAUAACAGGGAGUGUUAGGUAUAACCCAAUGAAGAAAUGAUUAAAUUUUUGGUGACAGUCCGGAGUAGGGUCUGGAUGUCAGGACCAUUUAAAGGCAUUUACGAGCAAACGUCCUAGGCGUAUACCAAAGGAAGAUAACAAGCUGUAUGAUGAAUAUUUAAAUCAGUGCUAUUACAGUAAAUGUAUGCGUUUUAUAUGUAUGUACUAACUUCAGUUUUUUGGAACUCAUUGAAAUAUUUUUAAUGCAUCUUUAUGUUCAAACAUGUGACGCCAAGGACCAAUUAUUUAAUUAAAAUGUUUCCGUGUGUUUAACUAGCAGAAGAAAGGAAUUGGCGGGCAUAUAACUGAUACAAUAAAAGGCGUUUUUGUUUGGCCGGUUAGUGUAUAAAUUGUUUUCUUAAUUAGGUGGUGGUUGGAAAGUAAGUGGGUUGUCAUAUUUUGUCGUACAAUCAGUAGUUGAAAAUAAAGUGUUUCAAUACUAUAA